GUAGGCUUGAAAAGUGGAGACACACACGUCUGAGCUCAUGCCGCCUGAAAUGCAGUUAAACGUUUGAACCGCUCCAGUCAACUCCCACUUUGGAAUAUCACUUUCACUUUACUACAGCAAGACUUUGAGUCGUUGACUUGACUUAUUUUGACCAUUUUCUCAACGUCUGUAUAUUGAUUUUUGACAUGCCACAGAGUCCGAGCAUGGCGAGCAAGAAUUAUGACUACGACUACGACUCCUUUCAGCCCUACUUUUAUUGCGAUAAUGAGGAUGAGGAUUUCUACUAUCAGCAACACGGACAGGCGCAGCCCCCGGCUCCAAGCGAGGAUAUAUGGAAGAAAUUCGAGUUGCUACCAACGCCUCCACUCUCGCCAAGCCGGCGACCAUCACUUGGAAGUCUCUAUCCCACAGCAGAACGAUUGGAGAUGGUGACGGACUUUCUUGGGGAUGACAGUGUGGCCACACACAGUUUGAUUUGCGAUGAGGACUAUUCAAAAUCUAUCAUCCGGGACUGUAUGUGGAGUGGCUUUUCCGCAGCAGCGAAACUCGAGAAGGUAGUUUCUGAGCGUUUGGCAUCAUUUCAAGCUUCAAGAAAAGAGGCAGUUACCAGUGAACCUACCGUGAGCAGUCCACAACGAUUUAAGUCGAACGUUUGCUACUUGCAAGACAUCAGCACCCCGGCGUCGCAAUGUAUUGACCCAUCUGUCGUGUUCCCCUACCCACUGUCGGAAACCCCCAAAACCAGCAAAACAUCAGAGGCGUUGGCAGUUGGCCUGCCCCUGGAUACUCCACCCAACAGUGGGAGCAGCAGCAGCGAUAGUGAUUCGGAUGAUGAAGAAGAUGACGAUGAAGAGGAGGAUGAGGAGGAGAUCGAUGUUGUCACAGUGGAAAAGAGAAGAUCUUUGAAACGUUCGGAAUCAUAUUCUUCAGAAGCUGAUUGCAGAUCACAUCAUAGCCCUGUGGUUCUGAAGCGCUGUCACGUCAACGUCCACCAACAUAAUUACGCGGCACAUCCAUCUACCCGAAACGAGCAACCAGCGGUCAAGAGGAUUAAGUUCGAGAGCAAUGGCAGCCGGGUGCUCAAACAAAUCAGCAACAAUCGGAAAUGCACGAGUCCUCGGACAUCUGACUCGGAGGACAAUGACAAACGCAAGACUCAUAAUGUGCUUGAGCGUCAGCGGCGAAAUGAGCUCAAGCGCAGUUUUUUCGCUUUGCGCGACGAGAUCCCAGACGUGGCCAACAACGAGAAAGCAGCCAAAGUGGUAAUACUCAAAAAAGCGACAGAGUGCAUUGUCAGGAUGCAGUCAGAAGAGCAUAAACUCAUGUCAGUAAAGGAGCAGUUGAGGAGGAAAUGUGAACAGCUAAAUCAGAGACUGGAGUCACUGAAGAGAUCAUAGUAUGAACUAUGAGAGACUUGAUGCUUUGCACCUCUCCCGCCUGAAUAGGCUAAAGACUGUUCCUUGAGACCACUUUGGACAUUGAAGCAAUCAGAUCACGUUGAACACAGUCUCACUGCCUCAUUUACAUGGCCUACUGGAAGUUUUUCACUUUGGUUUAUUUUGUAUUUAUUUUUUUUAAUGUACAAUGGCAGACAAACUGACUACAACCCUAAAUUAAUAUUGUGUUUUGUAAUAUUUGUACAUAUUUGCGCAGAUGUAUUUCAGAUGUUGUCUUCAUUUUGAAUUGUAAAAUGUAUACAGGUGUAAGUACUCAUAUAACACAAAAUAUCUGUCCCUCUAUAACACAGUUGUACUGGCUGGAUUUCCCUGUUCUGAGGUUGUUGUUUUUUUGCAUGCGGUGAACAUGGUCCACCGUUUUGCAUUCCAAAUGCAGCCGAAUGGCCUCUCAGGGGUAUUUCACACGGCCUACUGGAAGUUGAUCACUUUGGUUUAUUUUGUAAUUCAUUUUUAUCAUACAAUGGCAAGCAAACUUGCAACCGCCCUAAAUUAAUAUUGUGUUUUGUAAUAUUUGUACAUAUUUGCUCAGAUGUAUUUCAGAUGUUGUAUUGAUUCUGAAUCAUAAAAUGCAUUUGUUUAUA